CACGCCCCUCCCCCAUUGACCCGAGAUCUCGAACGCCAGCUCGCUGCAUCGUUCCGCGUACCGUCAACAACCUCCAACCGGUCCGAUCCCUCUCAUCAUUUCCCGCUGCGGCCCCUCGAACCCUAGGCCCGCUCCCCUCUCUGCUUCCCAUCAAAGGCGUAGGGCCCGGCUUCGCUCGAAAUGGCGGCCUUCAGAGGUUUCUGGAACAGCCCUGUGGGCCCCAAGACGUCUCAUUUCUGGGGGCCCGUUGCCAACUGGGGAUUCGUCGUCGCCGGUUUAGUUGAUAUGCAGAAACCUCCAGAAUUGAUAUCUGGCAACAUGACUGGAGCUAUGUGUGUCUACUCUGGUCUCUUCAUGAGGUUUGCAUGGAUGGUUCAGCCUCGAAAUUAUCUGCUUCUAGCAUGCCAUGCCUCUAAUGAGACGGUGCAACUCUAUCAGCUUUCUCGUUGGGCUAAAUCUCAAGGGUACCUGGGAAAGAAAGAGACGGAGACAGAAAAGGAGCAGUGACACGUAUAGAUGACAUUCUUGAUGGAAAUGUGCUGUGAUUUCAAUAAAAUGCUCGCGUGUGCUUUCAACAAUUAUUCAGUCUUCUAAUUUGGCCAAGGGCAUCAGAAUCUUUCAUGUUACUACAAUUUCUUUACGAAACUUUUUUUUUUGUAAUUGUAUGAUAUUUUUCGACGAGAGAGUUUAUUAUGUUUGUUUGGAACAUCCUGAUCUUAUUACCCCGAAAGCAAUGACCUCAAGUAUACCCUAGUGCGUUGUUGCAUACAGGCAACAAUCCUAGCGUAUAGCUUUCAUGGAGUAAAGAAGUGAUAUUGUGAUAAUUGCACGCUCUUUUUCUCUACUUUUUUUUUUAUUUAGGUGGUGUUUGGUUCAA